UAGUGACAAGUGAUAAAAAUGGAACCAUGAUUCCACCGUAGGUUAUUUAACAUUAUGCAAUGUAGAAAUAGAUCGGUGUUUUUAAACACGCCAUCUUUUGCAGAAAACGUUGAUAUAAAUAAUGACUAAUUAAUCAAUUUCAACACCGCCUGGCUUGCCAAACAUAUUACUAAAGCUUUCUGAGCAUUACAAUCGUCUCCAUUUUAAGUGCCGGUACGCUAAAUGGUUAGCCAAAUUUUGAUUUUGAUUUUGUGACAUGUCCAAGCAUUUACAAUUCUACAUUUCUAAGUAAAAUCGAGCACUUCAGAUACCGCUACACUAACGUUUGUCACAUCUUGAGGGCAAUUUGACGCGAAUUAGAGCAUAAUAAUGCACCCAGCGCGCGUGCGCAUCCCGUCAGUGCCUUGACAGCCGCAUAGAGAGCCGCGUGUGACAUUGACUCUACUGGCAGGAGACAUGACUCUGGGAGAUAUGCUGUCACACAUGGGAGUCGGGACGAAACAUCUCAGUGAGAGGUAUUCCGACUACGCGCAGCCUUCCCAUGACCAGCACGUAUUCUACGGGUACGAACAUUCGCAGCCAUCGCACGGACAUGUCACUUAUUCCAAACACGGUCACGGCGGCAUUCACAAGAGCAAUGCAGCUAUGUCAGCUCUGACUCUGCUAGCGUUUCUUUUCUUUUUGCACAUCCUUCAGCAAUGCCUGAGGGACCACAUGACCGCCAUGCAACAACCGCAACUCAUGGUAAUGACAGGCGGCCGCAUAGGAGAAGAAAACAUCUCUAAAAGGGCGGAUAUAAAAAAAAUCGACAAAAGCGGUGACAUUUCAACGAAUGACGAGAAACAAUCUCAAGCGGACCGCAACGAAAAUGAUAAUAAAAAUACUUUCUAUGACGAUGAAACGUCCGAAGAUAAAUAUUUAAUGAAAGUAAUCACGGCAGAUAAAGCGCCGAAAACGGGAACGCAAAAAUAUAAAUAUAAUUUUAAAAGUUAUAGCAACCGAAGUUCCGGGUUUCCGAAAUUUGUCAGUGCCUCCCACGACUAUCAUUGA